AUGGACUGCGUCGCCGUCGACAUCACCUGGGGCCCUUGGGCCGGGCCAUCCUGUCGGGGCGGGCUGGACUUCACUCUCGCCUUCGAGGAGUCCAUCCUGUCCAUCCUGCCCACGGCGCUCCUGAUCAUCGCGGCAGCCCUUCAGGUUGCUUUCCUCCUCGGUCGGCCAAGACAAACCGCCAAUGGAACACUGUUAUGGUUGAAACAGUCCUUGAUCAUGUCCUUCGGCCUCCUGAGAUUGGCUGUUCUGAUGCUGUGGGCGCUUCCUGGCACCACGGCAUCCAGGACAAAACUGACUCUGGCCGCCGCGGCCCUGAAUUUCGUCGUGGUCAUUCCCCUCUCCGUCCUGAGCUCCUUCGAGCACGUCCACCGCGCAGCGCCCAGUUUCAUCAUCGAGCCGUAUCUCCUGCUCACGCUCCUGUUCGAUAUCGCUCGAGUCAGGACGCUAUGGCUGAUGCGCACCACGUCUCACAAGCAACUCGCCGCGGUCGAAACCGUGGCCGUGGUCAUCAAGAUUGCUCUGUCCUUUUCGGAGGCGGCAAGAAAGGAUGACCUUGUCUUCCCCGGAGUCAAGGAGAAGUACACCAAGGAGCAAAUGGCUGGCUUCUACGGCCGUUCCAUGUUCUUCUGGCUCGGAUCGGUGCUUUGGAACGGCUACACUCGCUACCUUGUGCCCUCUGACUUGACCGGCCCCCGAGACGACGAAUCGGCAGAGCUGCUGCGGCAGCGCUUCCGGUCGCAGUGGGCACGGAACCCCAACAAGACGGCCAAGGCUGCCCUCCUCACGACCCUGUUCAAGUCGAUGCCGGACAAGUUUCUCGUCCCUGUCCUCCCGCGGGCGAUCGUCGUGGUGCUCACGCUCGCCCAGCCGAUGCUGCUGGAGCGCAUGAUCACCUUUGUCCAGGGCGGCGGCGGCGGUUACGAGCAGCGGAUGGACGUCGGCUACGCCUUGAUUGGCGCUUUCGCAGCCCUCUACACCCUCCUGGCUCUCCUCAACGCCUGGUACGCCCACGCGUGCAACAAGCUGGCCCUGGAAAUGCGGAGCCAGUUGGUCGACUCUUGCUACCGGAAACUGCUCAAAUUGCGGCUCGCCGCACUCGACUCCGGGAAAGCGGCUACCCUCAUCAACCUGGACAUGCAACAUAUCAUGGAAGGGGCCAGAAUCCUCCAUGAUAUUUGGGCAAGUUUCGUCACCGUUGCGGUUGCUGUGUAUCUGUUGCGUGAAACUCACCACAACCUCACCUACCUAGUCAUGAUGGUUCUUGCUGGAAUCUGCAGUGCGCCCUUGGGGCCGCGCCAGGUGGCUUGGCUAGCAGCGACCGAGAGCCGGGUGAAAUCGACCAUGUUCAUGAUAACAGGUUUCAAAGAGGUCAAGAUGUUGGGUCUAUCACCCGACUACAUGCAGAAUCUCCAGAAUCUGCGACUUACUGAAGUCAACCUUGGCCGCCGUUUUCGACGAAUCUUGUCCAUCAUCAUCACUCUGUCCGCCGCUUCAACCGAAUUAUCCAUCCUCGUUGCUUUUGGCGGAUUCGCCAUCAUCAGCAAGACUCACGGCACCCCCCUCACCUUCCAGACCCUCUUUGCGUCCUUGGCCCUGCUCCGUAUCUCUCUGGACCCUCUGUUCCUUUUGAUACAGGGAACACCCGCUUUCGUCUCGAUGUUCAAGUGCCUCGGACGGGUCCAGGAUCUGCUCAACGAGGAACGUGUCGUCGACUGCCGCAGCAGCAGCACCCUGGCCAUCUCCGAGAAUUCCUCUGCUAGCUCCUUCAUGCUCAAACCUGAGCGCAGGGUCACUACGGAGGAGUUCCAUGCCGUUUUUCCUCAGGGCCCGGGACUUCCCGACAUCAGCCCCCGAUUCAGCACGAUGGCUGACCUCGUUGAGAUCUCGGACGCCUCGUUCUGCUGGAGGGGCAGGGAGAGCACACCUGCUCUGUACGUCAUGUCAUUGACGAUCCAGCCGAACUCGUUCACAGCCGUCAUUGGACCUGUUGGUUCCGGAAAAUCCACGCUCCUCAAGGCCAUUCUUGGAGAGAUCGAGCACAUCUCGGGCACCCGCCAGAUGCGACGUGGACUCAAGGUCGCAUUCUGUGACCAAGAGCCUUGGUUGCUGGACCAGACCCUCAAGCAAAACAUCAUCGGUUCCCGCCCGUUCGAUCCAGCGUGGUAUCAGAGAGUGAUCGAGGCGUGUGCUCUGGCCCAGGAUAUUGCCGGUCUUGCUGAGGGAGACGAUACUCCUGUUGGAGGCGGCGGCUCAGCUUUGAGCGGAGGGCAGAAGAGUCGUGUGGCUCUCGCGCGCGCCGUCUACAGUAAGCCGGAGCUCCUCCUCAUGGACGACAUCUUCAGUGGCCUGGACAGGAAGUCGGCGACGCACAUUUUCUCCGCGGUCUUCUCAGAGAACGGAUUGCUCGCCAAGCUCAACUGCGCGGCCGUCCUGGUCACUCACUCAACUCAGUUCCUCCCCCGUUUUGACACCGUCCUGGUCGUGAACAACGGCAUGAUCGCACACCAAGGCACGUACGGGGAACUUCUCAUGAGCGGUGCCCUCGACGACUCGAUCCUCUCGCGCGUCGCGGCUCCCAAGGCAGCAACCAGCGUGGGCGACACCGUCGAGGUUACCAGCGACGGCAAGGUUGUCCUCAAGAACGCGCCUAUCGACAAGGAGGAGAACGACGCAAGCCGGGCCCCUUCCGAGUGGGCCGUUUAUGGCUACUUCCUCAAGUCGUGCGGUAUCGCGGGCAUCUCGUUGUUCUUCGUGCUGGCAGCCAUCCUGGCUGGCGAGAGAUCGUUUGAGACUGUUUGGCUCAAGAUGUGGGCAGAAGGCGAUCAGAAAGCACUGGGAUACUACAUGGGAGUCUUCACCGGCCUUAUCGUCGGUGGCGUGUCCCUCCUGGGUGGUAUCUGCGUGGCGUCAAUCUCCUAUGUCAUCACCGUUGGAUCCAACACGCUGGCGAACAGGUAUAUAUGCCUUGGCUGUCGGAAUCUUAAUACGCCGCUAAUUCCUUUAUCCCACAGGUUCAUCCAGGACAUCAUGCUGGUUGAUGACGAGCUGCCGAUGGCGUUUGUGAACACCACAACGUCCUUCUUUGGCGUCAUCGCCGAGACGGUCAUCGUGAUGAUCUCCUCCAAAUACGUGUCCGUCUCGAUCCCAGGUCUGAUCCUCGUUCUCUGGGUCAUCCAAAAGUUCUACCUCCGGACAUCCAAGCAGCUCCGCCUGAUGGAUAUCGAGGCCAAGGCCCCGCUGUCGGCGUUCCUGUUGGAGACUCUGCAAGGUAUCGUCUCGAUCCGAGCCUUCGAUCGCACCAGCGAGUUCUCCUCUCGCAACUCGGAGCUACUGAAUUACUCCCAGCGAGCCCACUACAUGAUGGUCACUGUUCAGGUGUGGCUCAAGAUGAUCCUGGAUUUUGUGGUCGCGCUUCUGGCAGUUCUUGUCACUACGCUGGCCGUCAACUUCCGGGCUUCGACGUCUUUGGGCUUCCUGGGCCUGGCGUUGGUUAACUUGAUCUCCCUCAGUACCAGCUUCAAGUACCUCAUCACCUUCUGGGCCAAUCUUGAGACGUCUAUCGGUGCUGUCGCCCGUAUCAGACGCUUCAACAAGGACGUGGAACCCGAGGAAAAGUUUGCACUUCCGCCGCCUCAUCCCAAUUGGCCGCGUAACGGAGGAAUCGAGUUGCAGCAUGUUUCGGCUUCAUAUAGGUUUCUGCCCCCUGCCGUCUACGAUGUCAGCUUGUACAUCGCGCCUGGCACAAAGGUUGCCAUCUGCGGCCGCAGCGGAAGCGGCAAAUCCUCGCUUCUGGCGACUCUCCUACGAUGUCUGGAACUGAACUCGGGCACCGUGAUUAUCGACGGCAUCGACAUCAGCCGUAUCUCUCGCGACGACCUGCGCAAGCGAAUCAUGACUCUUCCCCAGAAGUCCUUGUUCAUCCAUGACUCGAUCCGCGCCAACAUGAUCAUGUGGGACGAGGCCGCCAACUCCUCACGCACACCCGAAGAGACCGAUGCGUUGAUCGAGUCCCUUCUGCGCAGGAAGAAGAAGAAGAAGGCCGAGGAGGACGCGCCGGUGACGCUGGACAGCCCGCUCAACGCGGAGGAGCGGCUCUCGGUCGGGCAGCAGCAGCUCUUCUGCCUGGCGCGGGCGCUCUUCCAGCGGGGCGACUCGCAGAUUGUGCUGAUGGACGAGUUCACGAGCAGCAUGGACCACGAGACGGAGACGCUGGUGCGCGAGAUUGUCGCGCGCGACCUCCGCGACAAGACCGUCGUCGAGGUGCUCCACCGGCUCGAGCACAUCUUCGACUUCGACCUCGUCGUCGUGCUGGAGCAGGGCCGGAUCGUGGAGGCGGGCCACCCGGAGGAGCUGUUGCAGAAUGAGGAUGGCAUGUUGAGGGGCCUGUAUCAGAGUAUGAGGGGCUAA